ACAAACACGUUGUGUUUUAUAGCUUUUCUUUUCAUGUUUUAGACAGUCGAUUUGCAACACUACUUUACUAAAUUUGCAUGUUCAAUUUAUAAUUCUUAACCACAAAAGUCAAGUUGCGUUCUUCGCUCCAACUGAGAUAAAGCGAACAAAAAAGUACAGUUGAAAAAAAUAACAAAAAUGUCAGAAAUUGACUGGGAUGCUAUUAGAGCGAAACUUCCGACCGACAAAAAUCCAGGGGACAAAGCCAGAAGGAAGCAGAUGUUUAACGAAUUCGACAAUGGUAACGGAAUACUGAGUCUAGCAGAAGUGGACAAGGCUAUCAGAGAUGUUCUGUGCAUUGAUGAGCUGUUCGAUGCCAAACCGGCCAUCAUGAGGGCAUUCCAACAUGCGAAGAGUGUGAGUAACAAGGGAGACGCGAAAGAUGACUACAUCGAGUUCAUAGAGUUCCGACAGUUCCUCCUAGCUCUCAGACAGUACUUCGAGUACUAUGUGGCGUUCCAGCGAGUCGAUUCCAGUGGCGACAAACGCAUAGAGCUGGUCGAGUUCCAAGCUGCCAUCGGGAAACUGGAGACAUGGGUGGGGACUAUCGACAACCCCGAAGAGGAGUUCAAGUCUAUCGACACAAACGGAGGGGGGUUUAUUCUGUUUGACGAGUUCUGCAACUGGGCUAUCGCUAAGAACCUGGAUUUGGAGGACGACGAUGAUUAACUUGGAAAAACAUUAUAAUCUGUUUAUAAAUAAUCCCCUCCCUUUAUAAACAUUUGUGUAACAAAAUAUGUAAAGCGAUGGAUCUUAAAAUAAAUACAGCCAGACGGAUUGAAGCUUAUUGUAUUAAAAAUUUCAUAAUACCAAUUUUAUCACUUUGGGCUGGACGAGAUUUUCAUAAUCAAAACAUCUUCUGUUUGGCUGCGGUAGAUACAUGUCAUCAAUUUACUAAUUAAAGUUAAAUCAAUUC